GUGUUUGUGUGGUGGAUGUGUUCAUUUCGCGUGUGCGAAUCUGUUUGAUAAACGAUUGCGAUCGGUUAAUGAUGGAAUUCCGUGCAAUAUUGCAACGUCCAUACACUGCAAACUAGCAGCAGUAGCAGCAGCAGCUGCGGUACAAUGUGGGCUCGGUCGUGGGUUGCAUCAUCGUCGGGGUCGUCGGCUACCACCAUCCAGUGGCGCACUUUCUCCCGUUCUCCAAAACUGCGCCCUAUGACAUAAAGCCGGUCAAACGAACGGGGCGGAGAUUUCUCGCUCCGCUGACCACGUGGGAAUAUCACGGCGCUGUGGAUACGGUGUACGGUGUACGGCACACAGCGGCCAAAAUCAAUCCCCCAUGUUCCCUUCUCCCCCGCUCCCCGGGGUCCUCCAACAUGGGCGAGAAUUAAUGAAUCUCGGUACAGAUCUCUCUCCAUUGCAGCUGUUGGGAUGAUGAGCGGUACCUUCUUUCUCCCCACCCUCGAUUCCCCUCCCCGGACGCCUGCUAACUGAAGUACAAUGUACUGGGACGGUGGGCCACCCUGCCGCAAGCGUAAUGAGCGCUUGUAACGCUACAAAUGGCGUGGUUAGAUAAUUAUUUUUCGCCCAGUUUCUGCGUACUUUCAUUCCGCUUGUUCUUCCACUUCUUCGAACAGCACAUCAUAACUCUCAACCCCUGCGGGACUGCGGCCAUCAGUAGUCGUCCCGGUGCAUGGAAAUACAGCCUACACAGCCUAAUGAUGUACGAUUGUGCAGAUGUUCCAAAAAGGCGGCAAACAUCCCGGGCGCAUCUAAUUGGGAGUUCCCUUGCGCGAGCUCGGGAUGAGGGAAGGGACUUUGGGGGCAUAAUAAUAUUUGAUAUCAUGUGUGUGGUAUUUACCCCCGUGGUGUGCAUUCCUUUUCGCACUGGAGAGCUAGGCUAGUUUUGUUUUUUAAUUAUAAACUGGCCAACAAACGGACCCUGGAAGGAAAAUGGUUGUCGCCGUAUUGCAUUUCACGUUCAUUAAACCAGAUUGUGCACUGCACUGGGGGUAACACGGUUAGGCUGCAACACACCCCACACGGCGGCUGGCCCACUGCACGGCGCAUUCUGCAUGGGUGGGUGUCCUCGGAGUUCAAGUUCAGCGCCAAGUAGUGUCAUUCAUGUUGUUGCUUUCUUUUCACCGUCCAAGAGAGCGUGUGUGUGUGUGAGAGAGCUUCUUCGUUCGUUCCUGUCUUUUGUUUAUUGUUGUGAAGUGGUACUGGUUUUUGUAUCAAACACUCUCACACACUUGAAACUUACGGAAAGGGGUUCACCCUUGAUUAUCGUUCGUAGCCGGGGGCCUAGGUGUGUUUUGAUACGGAUUGUUUAUUUUUGUGUUGUUGCUGGUUUACAGCGUCUGUGGCCGUUGUUCCGGUGUAAAAAUUUGGCCUUGGACCUCACCCUUAGGCCGCUGCCUCUACUCUCUGCUGCCCUUGCCCCUUACUCGCUUGCUGCAUUGUGUGCAGCGUACGGAACAGCAACGGUACACAGUGUGAGCGGUUCUUCCCGCGGAGAAAGCGACGUGCGCCGGGCGGCGGCGGCGGGAAAGAAAUCCACACAAAAGACGACCGCUAAUUGGGCAAACAUAUAGGUCGAUGUCGGUGAAGCCCCUGCCCAGUCCCUGCGCUCCUCCUCGUCAUCAUACAUGUCCACCCUUUCCCAGCGAGCGAGCGACACAGCGAAGAUGGCAGACCCAGAUGAGGGCGGUGGACUUGCGUUGGCAACGGCACGCACCACGAAACCACCGCCGCCCCACCGACUGCCCGCCAUUCCCGAAGUCCCGAAAGCAAGCACCGGGGGCGGACGAGAGCAGCUGCGCCACUGCUUCGUGCCGGCGGACGAGAACGGGUGCCUUGGGUUGCACCUGAGCCGCACACCUUGGGACCCGUACCCGUGGGUGAGCGGUGUGGUGAACGGUUCCGGGGCGGAUCUGGCCGGCGUCCGCACCGGUGACUGCGUGCUGGAAGCGAACGGCGAGGAUCUGCUCGGUCUGAAGGUGAUCGACAUUGCAAGGCGGGUGCGCAGCCGGCGCAGUUCCCGCUCCGCACCGGCCGGCGUUGGUCUGUUGCUGUGGAAUUCGGGCUUUGAGAAGAAUAACCUAAAUCCACAGUCACUGUCCCGGUUUGCCAACUGUUUGCAGGGCAUUGCCGGGCUGCUGGAGUGUCCGAUCUGUUUGGAAGUGAUUAGACCACCGUCCUGGCAGUGCAACCAUGGCCAUCUGAUCUGCUCCGGCUGUCGGUCGCGCACGACCAAGUGUCCGAUCUGUCGGGAGGUGCUUGGUCGCGGCCGGUGCAUUGUGGCGGACAAGCUGUUUCACUAUUUGGUGCAAACGCUCGGACAUGAAGCUGACCAGCAGACAGCGUUGGACCCUAAAUCACAGGACACAACACACAAGCAGCAGCAGCAGCAGCAGCAGCAACACCAUCCCCAUCAUUGGUCUGCAAACAACUCGGGACGCCUUCCACUGGUACGGCGGGAGUACUACCAACACCGCCCGACUCAGCACACCAUCCCCACGCACGCAUUCAAAUUGAAAGCAAACAACGCCCCGGAUGGUGGUGUCCCGGCAACGGCAUCAUUACUGGCCGGGUCCCGGGUGACCACACCGCACAGGACACCGACAACGACGACGACGAGGACCGCCCUGUAUCACUGCCCAUCCGGUCAGCCCUGUGCGCGGAUGAAAAAUCAACAUGACAUCCUGAUGCACCUGCAAAAGGCACACCAGACGAGCGUCGUCCAGUACUACCUCACCGCGGACGACACGGUGGACGUGACGGUGGCCGAUGCCGGGCACUCCUCCGCGCUGGCCUGCGUGGUCGUCGUACCACCAGCACCGUCCGCCGCCAGGGGCAAUCAGUUGUUCUUUGUGGCACGGUUCCGCUGCCCGGAGGAGCCGAACGAAACGCUCUGCUGGCUGUGGCAUUUGGGUGCCGAACCAGCGACGGGCCAGUUUCGGGUGCAGCUGUCGCCCGUUGCCGGGGACGAGCCGACGAAACCGUGGCAGGGACGGCCGGUUACGCUCGAGUGGAGCCGACAGGAGAUUUUGAAAAGCAAGCGAUUCGUUCGCACAAAACUAGCUUCCCUUCCCCAGCGGAUGCGCGUUCGGGUGCUGCUCGAUGCGGCGGGUGAAGCCGUCGAUGCGUAAGGGCGAUUCCGUUCUAAGAAGACUGGCCUGAUCCGUGUUACAGGAAGGUGUUGAUGACAGUGUAACAAGGAGGUUACCUUUUCCCUCCGUGUUGGCCGUGCAGUACACAUGACAGUUGCAAUGCAUUCGAUGGGGGAAAAAGUGAAAUAGAGAGUGCAAUGUCUUAAAGCGAGUUGUUUUGUUUGGUAGUUUUAAAUAGGGAACGUCACAAACAGGCGGCAAUAAACUGUUCAAUGAAUAAUUCA